CGCUAAACACAUCUUGUUGACCCGACACAACUCUUGGAACUCAACCUUCCACAACAUACUUCUUGUCGCUUGUGCAGUCAAACCACAUCGAGACAAUCACCACCUCCCUCUCCAGUCUCCCGCUGAGCUCCGUCGAUUUCGGUAUCGUCUGAGCAUCUCCCGAUAAUUUCUAUUCUUUUCUUCCGCUAAUCUUUUCUCGUCACCUACGUAAUCACAAUGGAGGAGGAAGUUGCUGCUUUGGUUAUCGACAAUGGUUCGGGUAUGUGCAAGGCCGGUUUCGCCGGUGAUGAUGCUCCCCGAGCUGUUUUCCCGUCGAUUGUUGGUCGACCCCGUCAUCAUGGUAUCAUGAUUGGUAUGGGUCAGAAGGACUCGUACGUCGGUGAUGAGGCUCAGUCAAAGCGUGGUAUCCUUACCCUGCGCUACCCUAUCGAGCACGGUGUCGUUACCAACUGGGACGACAUGGAGAAGAUUUGGCACCACACUUUCUACAACGAGUUGCGUGUGGCUCCUGAGGAGCACCCCGUCCUGCUCACCGAAGCCCCCAUCAACCCCAAAUCGAACCGUGAGAAGAUGACACAGAUCGUUUUCGAGACAUUCAACGCCCCCGCCUUUUACGUCUCUAUCCAGGCCGUCUUGUCUCUGUACGCCUCAGGUCGUACCACUGGUAUCGUACUUGACUCUGGUGAUGGUGUCACCCACGUUGUCCCCAUCUAUGAAGGUUUCGCUCUUCCUCACGCCAUUGCUCGUGUUGACAUGGCUGGCCGUGACUUGACCGACUACCUCAUGAAGAUUCUGGCUGAGCGUGGUUACACUUUCUCUACCACCGCCGAGCGUGAAAUCGUUCGUGAUAUCAAGGAGAAGCUUUGCUACGUUGCUCUUGACUUCGAGCAGGAGAUCCAGACUGCUGCCCAGAGCUCCAGCUUGGAGAAGUCAUAUGAGCUUCCCGACGGUCAGGUUAUCACCAUCGGCAACGAGCGGUUCCGUGCUCCUGAGGCUCUGUUCCAGCCUUCUGUUCUCGGUCUUGAGAGCGGUGGUAUCCACGUCACCACUUUCAACUCCAUCAUGAAGUGUGAUGUCGAUGUCCGAAAGGAUCUAUACGGCAACAUUGUCAUGUCUGGUGGUACUACCAUGUACCCUGGUCUCUCCGACCGUAUGCAGAAGGAGAUUACUGCCUUGGCCCCGUCAUCGAUGAAGGUCAAGAUCAUCGCUCCUCCCGAGCGAAAGUACUCCGUCUGGAUCGGUGGUUCCAUCUUGGCUUCGCUAUCUACCUUCCAGCAGAUGUGGAUCUCCAAGCAGGAGUACGACGAGAGCGGUCCUUCGAUCGUACACCGCAAGUGCUUCUAAGCUGCUACAGUGCUACACGCAAAGAUGCCCUCUGCGACUUCGCCGAAGCUUCGAGGACACCUGUGGUCGACUCAGAGCUCCUGCCGUUGCGAAUGUAUCCUAGACGAGCCUCACAUCUACAAAAAGUUAUGGGCAUGGUAGAGAGAGAUGCUGGAGUCGGAGACAAAAGCGAAUAUGAAGUGCUGUUUUUAGGGGGGCUUUUUAUGUUUGGCACUGAAUGGAGUAGACAAAUCCAGUCGAGGUUGAUCAUAUUUCUCUAUGUUUCUGUUGCCCAGAAUGCAUAAUGUGAAGCAUUUCAGUCGUAAUGUA